GCGUUCCCGCGUCCUCGUUGUUUCCGGUGUCGAGCCUCACGUUCUUUCAAUACUCCAUUCCUUUCUCCCCCUUCACCAUGUUCACCAUCCUCGCUCGCGCCGCCGCCGCCGCCAUCCUCGUCGGCCCAACGCUGACCAACGCAUUCUGGAUCCUGUCUCACGGAUCCCUCACACACGACCGCCUGGAUCCCCUCCUGUCCUCCGGGAAAGUCUCCACGCACGAACACACCGUCGUCGGUGCCUCCAACUUCGGCCCAGUCACGACCUACGAUUCGCUUCAGAGCAGCGAGUGCACAACUUCCCCUGUUCAAGCUGAUAAGAGCAAUUACUGGGCUCCCCAGCUCUACCACCGCAACCAGGAAAACAACACCUACACUCUCAUCCCGAUCUCGUUCGUGCAGACGUACUACCUCAACCGCGAUGGCCCCACGCAGAAGACCAUCAAGGGUUUCCCCAAGGGUCUCCGCAUGCUAGCCGGCAACAUGGCUCGCACCACGUACAACGCUUCCAGUGUUGAGGAUCUUGCCGUCAGCUUCGUCUGCUUGGACUACAAUGCCCCCGCCACCGGUAACCAGAACACGCUCCCCACAACCCAGUGCCCGGACGGCAUGAGGGCUCAGAUUGUUUUCCCGAGUUGCUGGGAUGGGGUCAACUUGGACUCGGCCGACCAUAAGUCGCAUAUGUCGUACCCGAUCGGUGGCGCACCAGACAGUGGCGACUGCCCGAGCUCCCACCCUAUCAAGCUCAUCACUCUCUUCAACGAGUGGGUGUUCGAUGUUGGCAAGUUCGACUUUGUUUCGGGCCAGAAGAACUGGGUCUUCUCCUACGGCGAUGAGGAAGGUCUUGGAUUCCACGCCGACUUCAUCAACGGCUGGGACACCGACGUUCUCGAGGCUGCCGUCGAGCAAUGCACCGGUAACCUCUUCGGCGACUUGGAGUCUUGCCCGCCCUUCACCGCGUCCCUCAACCGGACCAAGGCGGGCUCCUGCACCACGCCCCCGGUUGUAGAAGAGAACACCCAGGGCCCCUUGACCUCCCUGCCGGGCUGCAACCCCGUGCCCUACACGGCUAGUGCUCAGUGCCCCAACCUCGCGACGCCGGCCAUCAAGGGAUUCUCCGGCGGUUCAUCGGCGUCGGCGUCCGCCUCCGUCAGUAUCUCUUCCUCCUCCGCUCACACCUCCACUGUCCUUUCUGCCUCGUCGACUGCGAUUGCCGCAUCUGACGCUACCUCCGCUUCUUCGGUUGCCGCCCACCCCACCUCCGUUGCUUCUUCGCACACCGCGUCCGCGUCCACUGUGCGCUCCGCCUCUUCCACGGCCAUCGCCGCUUCGGACGUCUCGUCUGCGCACGCGCACCACACGUUCUCGGUUCACCACGGCCACUCGUCCGUACAACCGCACGCGACCGCCUCCGCCAUCGUGCAGGUUGCCGCCCCGUCGGCCUCCUCCACCGCUUCGUCCUCGUCCUGCAAGGUCAAGCGCGCGGACUCGCGCCGUUCGCGCACGAACGUCAACGCGGCAUCGCACCGCCGUCGUUAUAACCUCCAGCGCGCCUCGGACCUGUCGAACUAGGCCGUCCAGCGUCGCAAGAAGCCAACGCUCAAGCCAGCUGACGCUGCCACGGCUCAGGUGCUUUCACGAUCUCCGUUUCUCUUCCCUUGUUUAUAUCACCACGACUCGGUCGCGCCUCGACGGUUACGAUUUCUCCCUCUCUCUCGGUCAUCGCUAUGAUUAUGACUAGACGUCAAAGAUCCCACCCUCGGGUCCGUAGUACGGGCUCUGUUACGGUGUCGACGCCGUACGCUGCUAUAUCCCUUUCCUCGGAGAUGCCCUGGACGGGGCUGGCAGGAUAGAUUAUUGUCCCCUGGCAUCCACGAUUUCCUCCACGCUGUCUAUAUAGCAUAUAGCUUGCACACGUCAUAUUGUUAUCGGUAUUGUUGUCCUAAGCACUUACAACAUCGCAUCAUUGAAAC